AUGCUCCGCUUCCUUUACUACUGCAUCGCUGAACCGGAGAGUUUCCGCCCUGCCAUCUUCAACGUUUUGAUUUCGGAAUUAUUUACCUCUUCUAUCAUCGUACUUGGAGGCUAUUACCUUCUGCACUCGGAGGAGAAUAACCUCAUGGACUACAGCGUUCUCAUCGGCAUCCAUGAUGUGGAGAUGGCGUCGGAAUUGCCGCCAUCAUCAGAGGAACCUCAGGAGAUGCCCGAGAGCUCCUACGAGUCGUCCACUGCCUCUGCCGGCGAUGGACUGGGCGAGAUCAUCGAGUCUCAGUACCGCCUUUCAGGACCUCACGGCGUGAACGCCAUGGUUGUGGGCUCUGCUGGCUCCGCAACUGCUGCGCGGCCCAGUGUAGUUGGAGCUGUCAACGCCUCUCUGGACGAGGAUGAAGACGAUGAGGAG